AUGACAGUGACACCUAAGAUCUGUGUCAAUGAUGGAAACCUAGUCAUCCAUGGAAAAACUGUCCUAACAAAAGUACCCGAAAAUAUCGUGCUCACACCGGGCUCUGGCGUAGGCCUUGUCGAAGGCGCAUUCAUCGGUGCCACGUCAUCGCAUAGCAAAAGCCUCCAUGUCUUCCCCGUCGGCGCACUUGAGGGUGUUCGGUUUAUGUGCUUAUUCCGAUUUAAGCUAUGGUGGAUGACUCAAAGAAUGGGAACUUGUGGGAAGGAUAUUCCUUUGGAGACACAAUUCAUGCUCGUGGAGACUAAAAACGCAAGUGUAGAUAGCUCGACUAUCUACACGGUUUUUCUCCCACUUCUCGAGGGGCAGUUUCGGGCUGUUCUUCAAGGCAACGAGAGAAACGAGCUCGAGAUCUGCCUUGAGAGUGGAGACAAUUGUGUUGAAACUAAUCAAGGAAAUUACCUGGUUUACAUGCAUGCUGGAACCAAUCCUUUUGAAGUGAUUAAUCAGGCUGUCAAAGCUGUUGAAAAACAUUUGCAAACAUUUCAGCACAGAGAGAAAAAGAAGCUGCCGUCAUUUGUGGACUGGUUCGGAUGGUGCACAUGGGAUGCUUUCUACACUGAUGUCACAGCCGAGGGCAUUGAACAGGGACUCCAGAGCUUGUCUGAGGGAGGUACCCCUCCACGGUUUCUGAUCAUAGACGAUGGCUGGCAACAAAUCGGGAGCGAAGUCAAGGAAGACUCAAAUUUUGUUAUACAUCAAGAAGCUCAGUUUGCAAACAGGCUAACAGGACAUAUUUAUUCAUUAGUCUUUGUUUGCCAAUCAUUUGUAUUAACAUUUUACACUUUCAGAUACGUGUACGUAUGGCAUGCACUAGCAGGUUACUGGGGCGGGGUCCACCCAGCGGGCCCCGGUACAAAACACUACGAACCCUCCUUAGCAUACCCUGUCCAGUCACCAGGCAUUAUAGGCAACCAGCCCGACAUUGUAAUUGACAGCCUGGCAGUUCACGGGCUAGGCCUAAUCCACCCGAAAAAGGUUCUUGAUUUUUACAACGAGCUUCACUCCUAUUUGUCCUCUUGUGGAAUAGACGGAGUCAAAGUUGACGUUCAGACCAUUAUCGAGACUCUUGGUACGGGCCACGGCGGUAGGGUUUCUCUCACCCGUAGCUACACGCAGGCUCUGGAAGCUUCCGUCUUCCGGAACUUUCCGGAUAAUGGGUGCAUUGCUUGCAUGUGCCAUAAUACUGACGGGAUCUAUAGUGCUGAGAAAACAGCUGUUGGCAGAGCUUCUGAUGAUUUCUACCCUCGUGAUCCUGCUUCGCACACCAUUCAUGUUUCUUCGGUAGCAUAUAACUCUGUUUUCUUGGGAGAGUUUAUGCUGCCUGAUUGGGAUAUGUUCCACGUGAGUGAUUUCUUGAUGAAAAUCUAGUGUAGUAUUUUCAUUUAGCAUUGUGGGUCCCACUAGAAAAUUUUCUGUGUACAUGUGGGACCCACGAAAAUAAAAUUCUUGAUCCGCCACCUCAUCUUCCAAUGGCUGACUCACAGUGCGUUAUUUUGUAGAGUUUGCACCCAGCUGCUGAGUAUCAUGCUGCAGCUCGAGCUGUAGGAGGAUGUGCGAUUUAUGUCAGGUAAAUCUUCACUUCGAUUCUCGUUUUCUUUUUCUUUUUAUUUCGGAAAUGCUCUUUUGGUUAAAUGUUAUUACAUGAAUGUUUCUUGAUGUGU